GCAAGCUGCACCAGAUGCCAGGAGCUAGCUGAUGAUCGUUGGCGUACAUUAUGGACCAAACAAGUGGAUCGCCAGCAGGACAAGCACAGCGUGGUCAGCAGUGGAGGGGAAGAAGCCGAGGAUGGGGUCGUGGCAGAGGAUGGUGGAGAGGCCGCGGUGGAAAAAGUCAAGGACAGUAUUUCAGUCACCACGGUGGGAGAGGAACAAAUGGAGGUAGAGGUGUUGGUUUCAUGAACAACCCAAUGCCAAACACACAGAGACCCAGAUUUGUUCAGACUCAUGUUGAAGUGUCUUCGCCAUAUUCUGGCUGGAAACUUUAUUUUCCAGAUGAAGUGUACUCUGAUCACUCUGCUACUGUUCAGAAAGUCCAAGUUUUUGAGAAGUACUUCAUCAGCUGGCAAAAACUUUACAACUGGGAUGAUAUUGAACUAAGAGGCUUUUUCACCAUAGAUUACAAUGAAUUGUCAAGUGACCAAAUUAUAAAAGAUGGUUGCCUAAAUCUUGACAAUGAUCUGAGAGACACACCUGAUAAGGUUCUGCCUUGCCUUGGACUUGCCAUGCAUCAACUGGUUUCACAUCAUCAUAGAAUGGAAGCUGCAGCCUUGGCACUAGAGCUAGGGGAAGGUGCUGGUAAUUCAGAAGAAGAGAGUUAUAUUGCCCCUUUUAUUAGGGCAAGAGUUCUGAACUUUGGUACUGUCCUGCCUUUUAAAAGCCUCAAGGCUAACUGUUACGGAAAGUUUGUAUCAGUGAGGGGUACUGUGGUGCGUGUCAGCAAUAUAAAACCUAUGUGCACCACCAUGGCAUUUGAAUGUGUCGGCUGCCAUACUGAACAGACACAGAUACUACCAGAUGGAAAGUACAUUGUCCCAACUAAGUGUCCUGGUGAAAACUGUCGAGGAAGAACAUUUCUUCCAAAACGCACCUCUGACUUGACAGAAACAAUUGACUGGCAAACCAUUCGAUUGCAGGAAAUUACCUCUGAUAACCAAAAAGAAGCUGGAAGAAUACCCAGGACAGUAGACUGUGAACUGACAUCAGAUCUUGUGGAUUCUUGUGUCCCUGGGGAUGUUGUGACUGUGUCAGGCAUUGUGAAAGUCAACAGCAUUGAUGAAGGCCGAAGCAAAAACAAAGAGAAAUGCAUGUUUUUGCUGUAUAUUUUUGCCAACUCCAUCAGCAACAGCAAGGGUUGCAAAACAAAUGGAUCAGAUGUUAACAGUGCAGACAGUAGGGAGAAAAGUAGAAACAUUAGUUCUGGGGGAGGUCGUUUGGCCAUGGAAUUCUCCAUGAAAGAACUAUAUGCCAUUCAAGAAAUUCAGAGUGAGCCAAAUCUCUUUCGACUGCUUGUGGCGUCCCUGUGCCCAACAAUCUAUGGACAUGAGUUGGUGAAAGCAGGACUCAUUCUUGGUCUCUUUGGUAGUGGUCAGAAGUUUGUCAAUGACAGAAAUCGGAUUCCGGUUCGUGGUGAUCCACAUAUCUUAGUGGUUGGUGACCCAGGUCUUGGAAAGAGCCAGAUGCUUCAAGCUGCCUCUACCAUUGCACCUCGCAGUGUCUAUGUGUGUGGAAAUACCACAACAACUUCUGGUUUAACAGUAACCUUGUCUAAAGAUGGAAAAUCGGGAGGAGACUUUGCACUAGAAGCUGGAGCUUUGGUUCUGGCUGACCAGGGCUGUUGCUGUAUAGAUGAGUUUGACAAAAUGGGUUCUCAGCACCAAGCCCUUCUAGAAGCAAUGGAGCAGCAGAGUAUCAGUAUUGCAAAAGCUGGUAUUGUUUGCAGUCUGCCAGCUCGAACAUCUAUCCUCGCAGCAGCCAAUCCUGUUGGAGGCCAUUACAACAAAGCAAAAACAGUGGCAGAAAAUUUAAAGAUGGGAAGUGCCCUGUUGUCUCGAUUUGACCUUGUCUUCAUAAUGCUUGAUAAACCAGAUGAGAACAUGGACUGUUUACUAUCAGAGCAUGUGAUGGCUCUUCAUGCUGGCCAGAAAGGAAUGACAGCUAGUACAACAGUACAGAGAAAUGACCUGGCCCAGGAAACAUCAUAUUCACAAUGGGAAGCUGAUAAACCUCUCAGUGAAAAACUGAAGGUGCCAAAAGGUCAGCCUCUGGAUCCGAUACCUCCACCUCUUCUUCGUAAGUACAUCGGAUAUGCUCGGAAAUAUGUUCAUCCUAAAAUUGGAAAAGAUGCUGCUAAAAAUCUGCAGAAUUUCUAUUUGGAGCUGCGAAAACGACACCAGACAAGGGACAGUACUCCAAUAACAACCAGGCAGCUGGAGUCACUUAUACGUUUAACGGAGGCCAGAGCAAGGCUAGAGCUAAGGGAAGAGGCCACAGCAAAAGAUGCUGAGGAAGUGGUAGAAAUAAUGAAAUACAGCAUGCUGGAUGUAUUCACUGACCAGUUUGGCUUGCUGGAUUUCCAGAGAUCACAGCUAGGUUCUGGAAUGAGUGGUCGCUCUAUACCCAAGAAGUUUAUAUCUGCACUGCAGAGGGUUGCAGAACAGACAUACAACUCCAUUUUUACUGUGCAGCAGAUGUGGCAGAUUUCAAAGGAUAUCGGAUUACAAGUGUCAGACUUUGAAACUUUUGUUUGUUCUUUAAACAAUCAAGGCUACCUUCUUAAAAAAGGAAGCAAAGUGUACCAGUUGCAGACAUUUGACUACUGACUGAGCAUGAUUUUCCUAACAAAAUUAAACAGUAUGAGGCUUGAGCAAUGUAAACACGUUUUAAAAUACUACAGAUGAGAUAUUACUGAUCUCUUUGUCUAUAGCUUACUUUAACACAUAAGUAUGAGGUAUACAACUUUUGGCAUCUGAGCAUGCAUAUUUGUGAUUUGGGUUCAGGACUGGGAUUAUGUGUCUGUACAUGUGUAUGUAGGGUAUGGUCUGGAUGAAUCUUGUCAAAGCAUUCAGUUAUGUAUGAAUUGUAUUUCAUAUUUAGAUGUAAUAAUUUGUAAUAUAUUGUGAAUUACACUUUAUUAUAUUACCUGUUUACUUCACUGAAUUUUCCUAUCUUACUUUCUUUUAAAUUUAUUGAUGUUGAAUGCAGUAAUAAACAUCUAGAGUCCUUACUUUCUUUUCACCACUUCUUUUUUUUAACCACUGGUACCGUGGGUGUUGUGUUGUGGGAGACAAAGACAGUGACUAUUGACUCGGUGUAACCAUGGACAUGUUUAGGUGGAUUGCUGUCUGUCUGCCAAGACCAACGCUUAGCCUCUUGCGAAGUGAUCCGCUGUUAGUCUUGGCGAGCCUAAACAAAGAAUGUGAAUGAGCCAGAAGCUAUGUCGUCUAAUGCCUCGUUUUAGCAGUUAACUGGAAAAAAUCAUCUGCCAGCAGUCCAGGGGUAUUAGUUCGUGGUGUAACAGUAAAAGCCAAGUGACAAGAUGUUCUCUGCUACGCUCUCACACUAGUGUCUGCAGUGUUGUCCUUUUGCUCAGGUGCCAGAACAUCUUUGAGUGUAGGCUUUUGGUGCUGGGUAAUUAAAUGGCAUCCUGCUCAUGUCUGAACCACUUGACUCUUAGCUACUAUCUGGUGUGGACUUCACCACCUCCUGGAAUUUUUUGUUGUUGAUCAUUUCUUCUAGUUUUGUUAGCUUCCUGUCAUUUCAUGUUUUCUUUCCUAGGCCUUAGUUAACAUUGAGCUAGUUAGACUUCAUUGUUCUUUCAUCAUCAAUUAAAGUGGUUUUCCUUGCAUUAACCAAACUAAAUAUUUCAUAAUAUGGAUUAUGUUUCCUAGCUUUUUAAAGUGUGCAUAUACAGCACUUCGACAGUCAACUCCAAGAACAUCAUCUUGCUGAUCAGUAAAUAUAUUCAACCUUGUCUUAACCAAGGACGUUUGAAAAAUCUCCCAAAAUUCCAGAGAUAUUCUAGAUAUCUUUGGAAGCGCCUGAAGAUGGCAGAAGCAAGACAUGAAGAGAAAAAAAACAA